UAAUACUUCACACGGUAUUAAUGUCUAUUUACAAUAUCGUACACAUCGUAUACAUGCUAAAAUGAUAUUAUCAAUAUAUUUUGGUUGAACCUGAAUUCCUUUUUGACAUAAUUCGAAACGUUCUUGAAGUAUACCAAAUGCAUCGACGAUACGCCUGGCUCUACUCAAACGAUAAUUGUAUAUUUCAUGGUCUGUGCCGUCGGCUUGACCAUGUGAGAUUACACCUUCAUUCUAACCCUUGGAAAACCUAUAGAUCCUUGCGUUCAGUGUCCUCUUGCGUCUGUCUAGUCGCGGCCGCUGCUACCCCGCACCGCGCGGGGUGUGACGGGGGAGCGCGGGCGGUCGCGUCGCCAGUACGCUUUCGUUAUUCCCGCGGAGUGCGUGUAUUUCCUUGCGAAAAUAAUAUUUAUUAAAAAACGACGUGUGUCGUUCGAGACCAAUAUCUAAAGCCGCGUACGCACGUACGAACAAAUUUGUUGCGUUACAUGAUAUGCAACAACUUGGUUCGCACGUGCGUACCACUAUCGAACAUCGAACACUCUGUUUGUCAAACAUGUUCGCGGCGAUCCUUGUAGUGUGUUCUGUAUGGACGGUGUUCGAAGCGCUUUAAUAACUUCACAUUCGACCACUUCCAACGGCGCCGUCAUGGCUACUAAGAUAGAGUUCACGACUGAUGUUCGCGAACUCGACUCGAACUAUGUUUGCGUUCGUGUUCGAAUAUGCCGUCCAUACGUACGAACCAAAUGUUCGGGUCUGGUGUUUGUGUUCGCUAUGUUCGUGUUCGUACGUGCGUACGCGCCUUAAGUUCGCUAAUUAGUUGUAAAGUGUUUAAGUGUUUAUUACUACUGUGGAUUGCUGUCGUUAAAGAUGGCGGUGCCGAAAGAACCAUCGUCACUGGAGGACCUCUUAGAGUGGGAAACAGAUGAUCCAGAUGACAAUCUAAUUUUGGAACGAAUAAAGAAGUUGGCUUCGACCUAUCUACCUGAUGGAUGGCGCCAAUGGAAGAUUAUACCUCAUACCAAAGAGGAUCUUUUAGGUUCGCACCUGGACCCUCUUGUGCUGAAUAAAAUCCGCUUCGCUCUCCCGACGGUCGAACUUGCUAGAGCCUUCUGUCCAGAAUGUACCUCCCUCUCUGAGAAAACCUACAAGGAUAUGAAGAUUAGAAUGCUUGGGUGGCCUUUGUGUGUGGGGCUUAUAAUUGGCCCACCGUCCAUUGGAUCUAGAAUCAGAGGUUCCGCCGUUCAAAAUGAACUGAUCGUAGCAUCUCUAGCAGAAUUAAAACCUUUGCUCUUAAGCAGAAAGGAGGCGUCGAGGGAGCUUGCAGAUAAUGAAGAUGUAGAUGACUCAUCGACGCUUCGCUCCACGUCGUCCAAAUCUAAAAAGCUCACAAGGAUAGAUAAGCUAGAACAAAAUUUUAGCGAGAUGAAGGAUAUGUUCUCCAGCAUCAUGGCCAGGUUUAGUAGCAAUGUCGACGAUGAUUCCGAAGCAGAGGCGGCUUACCCUUCUUCUGAUGAAGAUGGCAUGAUGAUACAGGAAGAAUAUCCAAGACGGAACGAGACACUAGAAUCUUUAGACUGGAAGGCCCCAGCUCUGACACCAGAGGAUGAUGAUGGAGAUUUUGAUUUCUCCCCUCAAACUAAAGAACAGGAACCUCCAAUUCCAACACCAAAGGCACACAUCGAAGAGCAGGGUAUAAAAUGCAUGAGAUUGGGCGAGUUGGCGUACAAACAGAUCCGGUACGCUGAGGUCCAGAAAAAGCUGCAGGCGUUUCCAGUUUUCCAUGCCUCGAAGGUUAACCCGUCUCUAAUAAAACUUAAUCCGGCAAAUGCUUCAUCUGUUUCUCUAGCCAAGCAGGAAUCUUCUUUUGGCACAAUCUUACAUGGGUUGCUGCUGCAACGCGAGGCCCUUACUGGUGCUAUUAAGGAGCUCUCAACCAAGCAUCCUUCUCUAAAGUUGGACAUAAAAGAAGCGCUGUCAGGACCAAACGCGGCUUUCAAACUUAACUUAACCUUUCGUGUGUUUUAGACGUGGAUCCACGUUCGAAAAAUCUUUACCCUCGUGUGCCUAAGCGUGGAUCCACGUCCAAACCUAACAAACUUUUUAAAUGCGAUUUUGUUCACUAUUCUUUGGACUUUUUAGUCGACUUUUUUUGCAUCGAAAGUGUACUGAAUUAAUCUGUCACGGGCGGCCAUUAGACUGAAUGUAUUACGUCAUGUCAAUCCCGUUUGACAGGAUAAACAAUUUCAUUUUGGUGACGCGUGCGACCGGUGAAAUUCCUUCUCCUGGAUUCUAACGACAAUAAACAUCUGUAAGUAUUUCUGUCUAUUUAUCUUUUGUUUAUAUUGUGUAGAACAUAAAACAAUUCGAAAACAAACUAUUCUUAACUUGAUUUAUGAUAUUUCUAUGAUCAAAUGUCUCUCGAAAAAAUUUCUGUCAAUAUUUUGAUUUU